UUAUCCAUAGUAGGCGCAUUCGCUUAGAACCGUCGAAAUCUCCGACGCGUUUCCGACAUGAAUCUACGAGCAAGUGUGUUAACGACCGUGUUGGUCGUAAUUGCUACUGCUGCCGUCCACGCAUCACCUGUAGGCGACUGUCCGCCAGUAGAUCCAGUGGAUCACACAGACCAUCUACCAGACAGCCAAAACUGUUCACUUUUCUACAAAUGUGAUCACGCAGCACCUGUACUGUUUGUAUGUCCUGACGGGUUGCACUUCAACCCUACACUGGAAGUCUGUGACUGGCCAGAUAAUGCAGGUUGCACAGGUGGAUCAGCACCAACCUCAGCUCCCAGCUCCACAGCAGCUCCUACAAGCGCUGCCACUACAGCUGCUCCAACAUCAGCUCCAAGCUCCACAGCUAAACCUGCUCCAUCAGGAGACUGCCCAGCUGUCGGCACAUGCCCACAAAAUGAAGAUGAGAAUUCUAUUGCCAAACACCUUCCUCAUGCCUCAAACUGCAGUCAGUUCUGCAAAUGUGACCAUGGGAAACCCGUGACAUUCGACUGUCCUUCUGGACUUCACUUCAAUCCUACUCUGGAGGUAUGUGACUGGCCAGAAAAUGCAGGUUGUGCAGGUGGAUCAGCAUCAACUUCAGCUCCCAGCUCCACAGCACCUCCUACAAGCGCUGCCACUACAGCUGCUCCAACAUCAGCUCCAAGCACGACAGCUAAGCCUGCUCCAUCAGGAGACUGCCCAGCUGUUGGCACAUGUCCACAAAAUGAAGAUGAGAACUCUAUUGCUAAGCAUCUUCCGCAUGCCUCAAACUGCAGUCAGUUCUGCAAAUGUGACCAUGGGAAACCAGUAACUUUCGACUGUCCUGCUGGACUUCACUUCAACCCUACUCUGGAGGUAUGUGACUGGCCAGAAAAUGCAGGUUGUGCAGGUGGAUCAGCAUCAACUUCCGCUCCCAGCUCCACUGCUGCACCUACAAGUGCUGCCACUACAUCUGCUCCAACAUCAGCACCAAGCUCCACAGCUAAACCUGCUCCAUCAGGAGACUGCCCAGCUGUCGGCACAUGCCCACAAAAUGAAGAUGAGAAUUCUAUUGCCAAACACCUUCCUCAUGCCUCAAACUGCAGUCAGUUCUGCAAAUGUGACCAUGGGAAACCCGUGACAUUCGACUGUCCUUCUGGACUUCACUUCAAUCCUACUCUGGAGGUAUGUGACUGGCCAGAAAAUGCAGGUUGUGCAGGUGGAUCAGCAUCAACUUCAGCUCCCAGCUCCACAGCACCUCCUACAAGCGCUGCCACUACAGCUGCUCCAACAUCAGCUCCAAGCACGACAGCUAAGCCUGCUCCAUCAGGAGACUGCCCAGCUGUUGGCACAUGUCCACAAAAUGAAGAUGAGAACUCUAUUGCUAAGCAUCUUCCACAUGCCACAAACUGCAGUCAGUUCUGCAAAUGUGACCAUGGGAAACCAGUAACUUUCGACUGUCCUGCUGGACUUCACUUCAACCCUACUCUGGAGGUAUGUGACUGGCCAGAAAAUGCAGGUUGCGCAGGUGGAUCAGCAUCAACUUCGGCUCCCAGCUCCACUGCUGCACCUACAAGUGCUGCCACUACAUCUGCUCCAACAUCAGCACCAAGCUCCACAGCUAAACCUGCUCCAUCAGGAGACUGCCCAGCUGUCGGCACAUGCCCACAAAAUGAAGAUGAGAAUUCUAUUGCUAAGCACCUUCCCCAUGCUUCAAACUGCAGUCAGUUCUGCAAAUGUGACCAUGGGAAACCCGUGACAUUCGACUGUCCUGCUGGACUUCAUUUCAACCCUACUCUGGAGGUGUGUGAUUGGCCAGAAAAUGCAGGUUGUGCAGGUGGAUCAGCAUCAACAUCAGUUCCCAGUUCCACAGCUGCUCCUACAAGUGCUGCCACUACAACUGCUCCCACAAGUGCUGCCACUACACCUGCUCCAACAGCUGCACCAAGUUCAACUGCCAAACCAACAGUGGCUCCCUCAGGAGACUGCCCAGCUGUUGGCUCCUGCCCACAAAAUGAAGAUGAGAACUCUAUUGCUAAGCAUCUUCCCCAUGCAUCCGACUGCACCAAGUUCUGCAAAUGUGACCAUGGGACACCUGUCACAUUCGACUGUCCUGCUGGACUUCACUUCAACCCUACUCUGGAAGUGUGUGACUGGCCAUACCGUGCUGGAUGUGCAAGUAAAUCUGGAUCAACUGCAGCCUCUAGCUCAUCUACAGCUUGAUCAACAAGGACUGCCACUACGGGGUGUACAACUUCAGCUGCACUUUAACUGUUGCACCUAGGAGCUCCAUCAUAUCAGACUCUUGUAAGACAGUUGGAUCACGUCUUGUGUAUGAUCAUGUCUCUAUUGUUAAGUGUCUUGCAUACAGAACCAACUGCGGUGUAUAUUGUAGACGAUUGAGUAAUUGCUAAGAAUGUCUUGGUGGACUUCAUUUCAGUUUAAAAUUGCAAAUGUGAGACUGAAUUUUCCAUGCACUUGUAAUUAUGUAAUGUACAUAUUUGUUUCAUUACUCAUAAUAAAGUCAUACGUUUAAUGCUGUUAAACUCA